AUGGCAUUUUCUGAUUCUGGCCGUUUGCUCAUAAUAGAGGAGAAUCGGUUUGUCCAGAGUCUGAAGUCUCUUCAUGAAGUCACAGGGUUUGAUCUGACAGAGAAGUUCCUGCUUCGGAAGGGGACUCUGACGGAGGACCGUCCGUCAUUCCGAUUGGGGAGUACUCCCCUUAUCAAACAGACUGAACUGGUCUUUCCCAAUGGGCUGCCUAGUGAAUACUCCCUGGUCGCCAUAUUCCGCCUUCGAAAAACCACCAAGAAGGACCGCUGGUAUCUCUGGCAGAUUUUUGAUCAAACUGGAAGUACCCAGGUGUCCCUUGUUGUUGACGGUGGAAAGAAGGUGGUGGAGUUCUCAGCUCGAGGUCUCCUAAAGAACAGCCUCCACUAUACCUUCAGGAGCCGUGACCUGCAGGGCCUCUUUGACCGGCAGUGGCACAAGCUCAGCGUGGCUGUGCAAACCAGUAUUGUGUCUGUCUAUAUGGACUGCAAGCUGAUUGAAAGAAGGCUGACAGAUGAGAAGGACGCCAUCGACGCCGGCGGCCGCACGCUCAUCACCACACGUGUUGACGAUGGGCGGCCUGUUGACAUAGAACUGCAGCAAAUUCUGAUCUAUUGUGAUCCAUUGAUGGCCGAGAUGGAAAACUGCUGUGAGAUGCCAGGUUCCACAUGUGAGCCUGUGGAGGGCAUUGAAGCCACUCCCCCCUUGCUGGUCACCACCCCCGUCCCUAAGACACUGUCCCAGCAGGUCUUACGGCCCGUUGACAGAUGCCAGUGUUUGGGAGAGAAGGGGGAGCAAGGGUUUCCAGGUUUGGCUGGACUCCCAGGACAGAAAGGGGAUAAAGGAGACAAGGGGGAUUCUGGGGAAGAUGGUGAGCCGGGGAGCCCUGGGCUGAAGGGUGACCGAGGGAUUGCAGGCCUUCCUGGUCUGGAUGGAGCCCCAGGGAAAAAGGGGGAGCCAGGCGAACAAGGGCCGGAAGGGAUUGAUGGAGAGAAGGGUGAGAAAGGAGCAGCAGGUGAUCCCGGUCGUGAGGGAAUACCUGGAAAAGAAGGUUUGAAAGGUGACCCAGGGCCUCAAGGCCCGGCUGGCCCCAAAGGUGAUCAAGGGGAUGCAGGCCUUCCUGGUCCACCAGGUCUAUCUAUUGAAAGCAAAGGCCUAAAAGGAGAACCCGGUUUACCAGGUGUCAUGGGAGAGCAGGGACCAGCUGGGCCACCAGGGGCACCAGGCAAAGAGGGCAAGAGGGGGCGUCGAGGAAAACCUGGGGAGCCGGGGCCCCCAGGCCCACCGGAUACACAAGGAUUCUCAGAUGCAACAGGGGUAAAGGGGGAGAAAGGUGACACAGGCGUCCCUGGGGGGACUGGAGAAAAAGGGGAGAGAGGAGAUGCUGGUCAGCCAGGGGAAGCAGGAGAAAGAGGAAUAAAAGGAGAGAAGGAAGCAAGCUAA